CGGCGCACUCGGCCGUGGCUGCGCGCGUGUGCGGAGACGGAACCCGGGCGUCCGCCGAGCAGCCACACCCAAACCCAGGAAUCUGAAGCCUUUCAUUUUCAGCAGAGACGUGGAAACAGCCCAACUUGCUUCAGCGUGUGUGUGUGUGUAUGUGUGUGUGUGAGCAGUGCUGCAGUGAUUAGUGUGUGGGCUAGCGUGUGGGGCCCUCAUGGCUUCCCCGGGUCACCAGUGUGAGCGGCACCCGACAGAUGUGCACGACAGCGCCCGGUCAGGGGGCUCCGGGGGCCCCAGGGUCCCUGGGGGCCCCGCCUGUCCCGUGCACAGCCCCACGUCAGCCGAGGACAAGAAGAGGAACGGCCUGCGCAAAGGUCUGACGCUGCGCCGGGACUACGUGAAAAUCUCGGUGCCGGAAAGCAAAGCCAGCCGGCUGCCGUCCGAGUGGUGGAAGACGGUCCUCGCCUUCGCCUACGCUGCCUUCAACCUGGUGCUCACGACCGUCAUGAUCACUGUUGUGCACGAGAGGGUGCCGGCCAAGGACAGCAGCCCGCCGCUGCCCGACAAGUUCUUCGACUACAUCGACCGUGUGAACUGGGCCUUCACGGUGACCGAGGUCAACGGUAUGUUGCUGGUGGGGAUAUGGUCCAUCCAGUGGCUCUUCCACAGAUACCGGGCAAUUGUGGGUAGGAGGUUUUUCUUCCUAAUAGGCACUUUGUACCUGUAUCGCUGCAUCACGAUGUACAUCACCACCCUGCCUGUGCCUGGCAUGCACAUGACCUGUGCCCCCAAGCUUUACGGUGAUUCUCAGGCCAAACUGCAGCGAGUGCUGCAGCUGAUCUCUGGGGCAGGGCUGUCCAUCAACGGCUCACACAUCAUGUGCGGGGACUUCCUGUACAGCGGCCACACAGUCAUGCUAACGCUCACCUACCUUUUCAUCAAGGAGUACUCCCCCAGGUCGUUCUGGUGGUACCACCUCCUCUGCUGGCUCCUGGCUGCAGUGGGCUCCGUCUGUAUCCUGGUGGCUCACGAGCACUACAGUGUGGAUGUGGUGGUUGCCUACUUCAUCACCACACGUCUCUUCUACUGGUAUCAUACCAUGACAAAUGUACAGGCCGUGAAGUGCUCAGCCAACGGCUACCUCACCCACACCUGGUGGAACCCCAUCUUUAACUUCCUGGAGCGCAACGUCCAGACCCAGGUGCCUUGCUCUUUCUGCUGGCCAGUGACAUGGCCUCCAGCCUGCCUGAAGAACCCCUGCAAGAAGUACACCAUGGUUCAGAGUGCGCGGGAGGAGUGAUUCCUCCCCCUCCUCACAGCUCCGCCCACUGCUGUGGCUUUUAUUGUCAUUAUAGCCAUAUUAUUAUUAUUGUAAUUAUUAUUAUUAUUAUUUUUAUUUUUUUUGUGGGUUUAAUUUAUGGCUGUGUAAAAUGUUACCUAUAAAACAUACCAAAGACUGAGCAAAGAGCUCAGAGGCAAAUACAGUGAGCCCAUAUUUUUAAA